AUGUUUGCCACGCAGCAUUACAUGGAAGCCAUGCACGAUCCCGGGAGGAAGCGGUUGAGGGAAGAUGAUGAGGGGGCCAACGGCUUUGCGGGCUUCGGGGAGCAUCGAAAUAAACGACUUCACUCUCUCCCACUUCGCUCGUCGCCCAAGGCCGGCCAGCAAUGGCCUCCCGCUUCGGUAGCCACUCCGGUGCACAACGACGCCCUUCCUCGCUCCCACUUCUCGCCCUGGUCCUCGUCUCCGCUAGCCAGCUCCCAGCCCCAGGAUGCUGAGAUGGACAUGUCCGACUCCGCGGUCUCUCCCUCGCCCUACCGACCCAGCUUCGCCGCCCAAGUCAGGGGCCAGCAUUGUGAAUGGGCGGGACCUGGGCCCGACGUCAAGACGCUCAACGGCAUUGUCAACAUGGGCCAUCACCAGACUGGCCUCUCCGACGACCAGUGUGUGCCGAGGGUCAUGGCCAACGGGACGGAUUGGCAUGCGGUCCACAACAACCGGCGCCUACCCUCCCCAAUAUCAGAGGCCGGUGACACCUCGCAAUAUCCGGCCUCUGGGUCGGCAAGCAUGGUGAUUGAUGUCGAAAAUGGCCAUCAGUACGGGCUACCCGAGGCGUCUCUGCCCAUGCACUCCCCCCCCGCGCACGCCAUGCACCACCCCAACGCCAUGAUGGAUGUCGAGAGUCAGCCGCCGUUGCCAGCCGCCGAGUCCGAGCCCGAUCUAGUAUCCCCCUCUCCAGGUCGCAGAGGCCAUGUGCGAAGCAAGCACACGGUUAAUUCCUGGACUUGGCAGCCCGGGAUGAAGAAGAGCUUCAGUAUAGGCUACAGGUCCGACUGUGAGAAGUGCAGGCUCAAGGUUCCGGGCCAUUUCAAUCACAUUGUCAUCUCAUAG